AUGCCCAUUCGCAUCCGCCAUGCGGCGCGCCGCAAGUACCACUGGCCAGAAUUACAACUCAACAUCUGGAUCAUGAUCGUCAUGACCUGCUCCGCAACAUGUCUGGGUAUCUUCUCGUGGUUCAUGACCGUCCAAUCGCAAAUGCAUCUCGGGACGCCUUGGCUCUUCCCUUACAUGGUCACAACAAGCGCCCUGGGCGUGGCAUUCAUUCUCAUAGUGCUUGUCCUGGCUGAGCGCAGUUUCCUCUUACCCGGCAUUAUCAUCAUCGGCAGUUUCAUUCUGUGUGUGUUAUGGUUGGCCGGGUUGAUUGAGACGGCGCUGCAGCUUUAUGGGAUUGUUGGCGAUGUGAAUGCCAAUUGCCAGAUUUAUGUGGAGAAUAACAAGUCCUGGGGGAAUAAUAUUAAUACUCUGGCCUGGUUGACUCAGAGUACUAUUUGCAAUUGCUGGAAGACUGCUUUUGCGCUGGAGCUUGUCAAUACCAUCUUCUAUCUAUGGAUGAUUAUUAUGUCGUGGCAGGUGAAUCGUGAUGUUUAUGAUUGA